CUGGUGAUCGUGCGGCUGCUCGGCGGCGAGAGCUACUGGCCCUAUGGCGUCGAGCGUCUGACCGACGUCUGCGCGGCGCACGGGCAUCCCCAUCGCGUGGCUGCCCGGCGACGACAAACCGGAUGCGGGCUCGCCGGGCGCAGCACGCUCCCGCCGGAGGCGGCGGAGACGCUUGGCGCUACUGCAUCCAUGGCGGCAUCGACAAUGCCCGGAAUGCGCUCCGCUACGCGCCGCACGCUGAUCGGCCGCGAGUCGGAUGGCGCCCGCCCCGGCCGGUGCCGCGCGCGGGCCUCUAUUGGCCGGGCGCGGCGUGCUCGCGCUCGAAGACGUGAUGGCCCAUUGGCGCGACGGCUCGCCGAGGCGUGCGUGGUUCUUCUAUCGGGCGCUGCUGCAGGGAGGCUCGCUCGCGCCCGUGGAUGCGCUGGUUGCGGCGCUCCAGGACGCAGGCCUCGACCCGCUGCCAUCUUCGUCACCAGCCUGAGAGACAAGCCGGCGGCGGAGCUGAUCGGCGCACUCAUGCGCGCCGCAGAGCCCCGGAUCGUCCUGAACGCCACGGGCUUUGCGGUCUCCCGCCCGGCGCGCCGCAGGAUACCCCCUUCGCCCAGGCCGGCGUGCCGCGUGUUGCAGGCGAUCUUCGCCGGUGCCACGGAGCGGCAGUGGCGGGCGCGACCCGCGGCCUCUCCCCGCGACAUCGCCAUGAACGUGGCGCUGCCCGAGGUCGACGGGCGGAUUCUCACCCGCGCGGUCGCCUUCAAGACCGAGGCGCGCUUCGACGAGGCGACAGAGGCGCCCAUGGUGGUGUCGGAGCCCAACGAGGAGCGCUGCCGCUUCGUCGCCGCACUCGCCGCCGCCUGGGUGCGCCUCGCACGUGCGGCACCGGCGGAGCGCCGGAUCGCCCUGGUGCUCGCCAACUACCCCAACCGCGACGGGCGCAUCGGCAACGGCGUCGGCCUCGACACGCCGGCGAGCACGGUGCGGAUCAUGCAGGCCCUGAAGGAAGCCGGCUACCGGGUGGAAAACGGGCCGGUGGACGGCGCGGCGCUGAUGGCGCGUCUGACCGCAGGCCCCACCAACGCCGCCGAUUCCCGCGCCAAACCGCCCGAGGCCACGCUCCCCCUUGCCGAUUACGCACACUUUUUCAACGCGUUGCCCGCACCCGUGCAGGCAACUGUCGCCGAGCGCUGGGGCGAGCCGGAGGCAGACCCCUUCUUCCGCCAGGAUGUGGGAUGCUUCGCGCUCCCUGUAGUGCGCUUCGGCAACGUGGUCGUCGCGAUCCAGCCGGCGCGCGGCUACAACAUCGAUCCUGAGAAGAGCUACCACGACCCCGACCUGCCGCCGCCGCACGGCUAUCUCGCCUUCUACGCGUGGGUGCGCACGUCUUUCGAUGCCCAUGCGGUGGUGCACGUGGGCAAGCACGGCAAUGUGGAAUGGCUGCCGGGGAAGGCGCUGGCGCUUUCCGCCGAGUGCUUUCCGGAAGCCGCGCUCGGGCCGCUCCCGCACGUCUAUCCCUUCAUCGUGAACGACCCCGGCGAGGGCAGCCAGGCCAAGCGGCGGGGCGCUGCGGUCAUCGUCGAUCACCUGACGCCGCCGUUGACCCGCGCCGGCAGCCACGGCGCGCUGGAGGAGCUGGAGCGGCUGGUGGACGAGUUCUUCGACGCGGCCUCGGUCGAUCCGCGCCGUUGCCCGCCCUUGAGCGCGCGCAUCCUGGAGCUUGCCGCCUCCAUCGGGCUCGACCAGGAUUGCGGCAUACACGCCACAGACGGCAGCGGCGACGCGCUCCGCAAGCUCGACGGUUAUCUCUGCGAAAUCAAGGAGAUGCAGAUCCGCGACGGUCUCCACAUCUUCGGCGAAGCACCCGCGCCCGAGCGCCGCAACGAGCUUCUGCGCGCGAUCGCGCGGAGCGUGCGCGGACCCGGCGCCGGCGAGGCCUCGCUGCUGCGUGCGUUGGCGGACGAUCUCGCCCUCGGCAUCGAUCCGCUUUCGGCCCCGCUCGGCGAACCCUGGCGGGGCCCGCGGCCCCAGGCGCUCACCAACGGUGUGCCCUGGCGCAGCACCGGCGACACGGUGGAGCGGCUGGAGGGCCUCGCGGCCAGCCUGAUCGCCGGCACCUAUCGCCUGCCCGCCGAGUGGCGUGCGAGCACCGCCGUGCUGCACGAAGUAACCGAGACCAUCGGCCCUGCGCUGGACGCGAGCGCCGACGCCGAGACGGCCGGCCUGCUCACAGCCCUCGACGGCCGCUUCGUGCCGACCGCUGCGGCGUGGCAGCUGGGAUGGGCCUCGGCCCAGCUCCUGGUGGAGCACUACGCCCAGACCCACGGCGACUGGCCGCGGGCGAUGGCGCUCAGCGCCUGGGGCACGUCGAACAUGCGCACGGGCGGCGACGAUAUCGCCCAGGCGUUGGCGCUCAUCGGCGCGCGACCGCGUUGGGAAGGCCCGUCGGGCCGGGUUACCGGCUUCGAGAUCAUGCCGCUCGACCUGCUCGACCGGCCCAGGGUCGAUGUGACGCUCCGGGUCUCGGGCUUCUUCCGCGACGCCUUUCCGGGCCUGAUCGACCUCUUCGAUUCCGCGGUGCGCGCGGUCGCGGCUCUCGACGAGGGCGCGGACGACAACCCGCUCGCCGCCAAGGUCGCCGCCGACGCGGCCCAGCUGGCCGAAGACGGCGCGCCCGAGGGCCGGGCUCGGCGCCUGGCCUCGUACCGCGUCUUCGGCUCGAAGCCCGGCGCCUACGGUGCCGGCCUGCAGGCACUGAUCGACGAGCGCGGCUGGACGGACGCCAGCGACCUCGCCCAGGCCUACGUUGCCUGGGGCGGCUGGGCCUACGGCGCGGGCGAAGGGGGUGCCGCGGAGCACGCGCUCUUCGAACGCCGCCUCGGCGCGGUCGAGGCGGUGGUACAGAACCAGGACAACCGCGAGCACGACCUCUUGGACAGCGACGACUACUACCAAUUCGAGGGCGGGCUUGCGGCGGCGGUGACGGUUCACGCGGGCCGGGCGCCGGCGCUCUACCACAACGACCACUCGGUGCCCGACAACCCCCGCAUCCGCACGCUUGCCGAUGAACUCGGCCGCGUGGUCCGCGCGCGCGUGACCAACCCGAAGUGGAUCGCAGGCGUCAUGCGGCACGGCUACAAGGGCGCCUUCGAGAUCGCGGCGACGGUGGACUACCUCUUCGCCUUCGCCGCCACCACCGGUGCCGUGAAGGACCAUCACUUCGACGCGGUGUUCGACGCCUAUGUGGCGGACGAGGCGGUGCGUGACUUCAUGGAAGACGCGAACCCGGCGGCGCUGCGCGAGCUUGCCGAGCGGCUGCUGGAGGCGCAGGAACGCAGCCUCUGGCGGCCCCGCGCGAACCAUGCCCAUGCCCUGCUCGCGGCGCUCCGCGACGGCAGGCAGGAGGCACUCUGA